GCGUGGUGCGGUAACAGAAACAGAACGCGAGGCACGCGGCACGAGAGGAGGCGGCCGUUCCGCCAGUCCGCCCCACAGAGCGCCGGCGUUGCUUCGGUUUGGUCCGUUGGUCCUCUUUCGGCUCCUCCUCACGCACAACACCAUGUCGGCCGCCGGCUCCGCGCUGCAGCACGCCUGGUCCACGGACAACCCCGUGUUCGCCGCCUACGUGUUCUACAGCGGCGUGCUCGUGCUCAAGAUGCUGGGCACCACGCUGCUCGUGGUGCGCCAGCGCUUCGCCAAAAAGGUUGUCAUGAACCCAGAAGACCGCAUGGACAAGAAUAGCAAGGUUCUGCCGACCGGUGGUGACCCGGACGUCGAGCGACCACGCCGGGCUCACAUGAACGACCUCGAGAACAUCCCGGCCUUCUGGGUCACGGGCCUGCUCUACUGCCUCACCAACCCCGCGCCCGCCCUGGCCGUGAACCUGUUCCGCGCCUACACGGCCGCCAGGAUCAUGCACACCAUCGUGUACGCCGUGGUGCCGCUGCCCCAGCCCUCCAGAAUCAUCGUCUUCGUGGUGGGCGUCACCAUCACCACGUACAUGGCCAUCAGCACCAUCAUUCACUUCGCAUAAGUCAUUUGCCAUUUCGGUAUUUUGUUCUCUCUUUAUUUUUAUUUUUUACCUGACUGUUGUGUGAAUGCGAAUGUUGUGAGUGUGAAUGUGUGAUGUGUGUAAGAGUUUGGUGUUGCCUACUACACGAGAAAUAUGUACAAACAAAUAUGUGAUUCUGGCUCUAAGAAAUGUCAAAUGUUGGCUUAAUUAGGGUGUUUUCUAAAAAUAUAUACACAAAAAUCA